UAUAAAAUAUCUAACCCAACUUCUUGGUAAUCAAAAUCAAAACACCAAAUUAUAAAUAAUGAUUGUUUUCGGUCAAAUAAAUAAAUAAUUGAUUAGUCAUUCAUUUAUUAACAUGGAAUAUCUUGAAAGGGAAUUUUUACUAUGUAAUUUAAAAACAAUAAACAUUUGUAGUGAUUAUUUUUAGCAGACCAACUUCUCAAAAUGUUAAGUGAAUAUUUGUUUUUAAAAGUUAUAGAUAAAUGUAAUAUUAAAACUGGUUUGUGAGUUGUAUUUAUGGAAACGUUAUGGAUAUUUUCGUAUCUAAUGACACAACAACAAUUCCACCCCAACCUGAACCAAUUUUAGAAGAAGAUAUAAAAUUUCUUAUCAUACCUCUUGUUGUUAUAAUCGUUGUGAUAAUUUUGUCAGCAUUGGUUUAUUUAAUGGUUAAAAGAAAGCAAGAGGAAAUAAUUCAUCGUAACAUAAUGAAACUGUAUGAGUUUGAUUCGAAUGAGCAAGAAUGGGAGACACCGCUUUUGAGUAGCCAAGAGAGUGCUCACACUACUGUAUAUAAGACCACGAUGUUGUAACUUAAACAUCCACUUGUGAAAUAUUAUUUUCUUAGUUUGCUUUUUGUUUUUAAGAGUGACCCAUGUGUUAAUACAAAAUGUGAUAAGUAUUUUUUGUAUACAAGAGCAGGUUUUACAGCACUAUGUAAAUAUAAUGCAAUAAAUUUUGCAGUGCAAAUAA